AUGGAGGUGCUUGACCUUUCCCGUAACCAAUUGGUCGGCACUGUCCCAUCAUGGAUUGGUAGGCUUGACCACCGUUGCUACUUGGAUCUCUCCAACAAUACAUUGGUUGGCGAGGUACCCAAGAGUUCUAAGGGCCUCAACACUACUAGAUGUUCACCGGACAUUGAUUUCACUAACAUGUCACUGUAUCUGAAACGUAGCGGAAGAAGUAGACAUCGCCGACAACAUAAACAUGCCCCAAAUGUCAUAGCUGGGACCAACAACAUUGUCAGAUCUGGUAGCAACAACGUUCUGGCUGGGAACGACAACACUAUAAUUUUUGGGAAUGACAACGCCGUAUCUGGGAGCUACCAGGUCGUAUAUGGGAAUAACCAUGUCGUAACUGGGAGCAACCAUGCCGCAUCUGGGAGCAACCAUGCCGCAUCUGGGAGCUACCAUGUCGUGAUUGGGAAACACAAUAUCAUAUCCGGGACUCACAAUGACGUAGGUGGGAGCAAAAAUAUCGUAUCCGGUAGUAAAAAUGUUGUAUCUGGGAGCCAUAAUACCGUGUCCGGGAAGAACCAUUUCGUAACUGGGCACAACAAAGUCGUAACCUGA